GCUUUUGGGGGCGUUUCUGGGGCUGACCUGCUCGUAAGCGGCAAUGGGCCAGUCUCAAACCUCCGGGGAAACAGAGGAUGUUGCCCCUGUGGACUACGAGGCAAAGAGCAUCACCGAGCUGCAGGCCAUGGUGCAGCAGCGCGGGCUGCCGCAGGUAACGUCGGACAAGCGCUGGCUGAUCUCCCUGCUCUGCAGUUUUGAUGCGGGCCGGGCUGCUGCUCAAAGCGGCGCACUCGGCCAUAGCUCGGCAAGCAGCCUGGAGUGCCCUGAGCCGCUGACACGGAGUAGCAGCAAGGUUUGCUCUUCCGUGCUGUCGGUGCUGCAGAAGAUCCGAGACGCGCCGGGACACAUGGGCUGUGACAUCGGCGGCUCCCUUGCCAAGAUGGUGAUGGCACUCCCCGAGCAUCUCCGCGUUGACUACAUCUUCCCCGAGAAGUUCGGCACCUCCGGGCGCACACAUCGGCACUUGGAGAUGAACAUCGCCAUUGGCGAGGAGCGCUUCGUCCUUUGCUUCCUUUCUGGUGCUACUUCGCAACUGGAGGAAGCUGUCGAACACCUGGGCAAGUGCCGGGCAGAGACCGAGCGACAGCCGGAAGUGCAAGUGCAGGAAGAGGAGCAUGAGGAACCGAGGCCGAGGCACGUCACCGUGUCAGCCGGGCUGGCCGGCCUAGAGCCGCAAUUCAGCCAGUCCUGGCCCACGUUGCCCUUUCUGACAUAA